AUGGACUUCAGCUCUGCAGUUCGUGCUUCCAGGCAGCAACGCGUUGUAAACAUUUACCUUUGUAUAAAACCGCUUCAGGUGAUUCUCCUGAAUGUGUUUAUUGAAUAUGACACGCAGCCUGUUGCUUUACAAAAUACAGCUGCUGCUUUAACCCCCGCGAGUGAGACACAAAGACAACUGAAACGUGACUAUCCCAGCGCUGUAGUUCUUAGUACUGAUGACUUUUUUAUUGAAAAUGGUGUAUACAUGUUUGAGCCUGACUUCCUAGAGGAUGCCCACAAAUGGAACCAAAAGAGAGCACACAAGGCAAUGAAGAAUGGGAAAAGCCCGGUUAUUAUUGAUAAUACCAACAUCCACGCUUGGGAUCGGGAGCCAUACAUCUAAAACUUCUGUGUACUUCUUCAGGCACGUGAAAAUAGAUAUGAAGUUAUAUUCCAAGAACCAGAUACGCCCUGGAAGUUCAAUGUUCAAGAACUGACAAGAAGAAAUAUUCAUCGUGUCCCUCAACAAAAGAUACAACGGAUGAAAGAACAAUACGAGCACAAUGUUACCUUCCACAGUGUUCUUCAGUCUGAAAAACCAAGCAGAGAUGAGAGAAGCUCCAGUGGACCAAAUGCAGCUUACGGCAUGGGUGCCCAUUCCAACCCCCCUCCAGCCUUCUCAAACAGAAGACCUCACGUGGCACGUACAAACAACAUGCCAUUUAACUGA